CCUCCAUGAUGAGUGCAGCAGUGAGCAAGAGUGGCCCCUCUCAUGCCUUCAAGGGGACAUUGACGCUGACGGGCCUAGAAGAGAUCCCCAAGCCCAGCCUGCUGGGGUGACAGAGCCCUCGGUCUGUCGAGAACACAGGCCCAGUCAGAGACCCUGAAGGAAGUCUCGUUCCAGCUGAAGUCCAUCAGCACCUGCUUCCAAACCUGGGACCAGGAGGACCGACAAGGGUCUUUGGAUCAGCAGCAGCAGCAUGGGAACUGUUAGAAAUGCAGAAUCUUGGGUCCUCUCAGACCUACUGAAUCAGGAUCUGAAUUCUGACCUCAUCCCAGAGGAUUCGUUUGCACACUGCAGUGACAGAAGCGUGGAUCUAAAGAAUGGUGAUGAGCCGUGACUCAUCAGCACACCAGGCAGAGGUAGACCUGAGACCGGAGGGGCCACAGCACAGUCAUCUUUCCUGCGUCCAGAACAAACCCGACACAGAGCACAGGCACAGAGGGUGCUAGGCGGGGAACAUGCACUCCCCCCCCGAAAGCCGAGCUGCAGCGGGUUGAAGCCUUUGUCGUCUUCUGGUAUCAAAGCACCAGGGAUGAGGAUGGGGGAAGGACUCCAGGUGACAGCUCUGCAGGUCAGAAGUCCGAGAUCAGUUUCACUGGGUGAAAGUCAAGGUGAAGGCUUCCAGCGGCCACCUGCGCACCUGGGCUCAUGGCUCCAUCCUCCACCUUCCAAGCUCAUCUUUGGUUUCUGCCUCUGCCUCCACAUGGCUUUCUCCUAUCCUGUCAUCACACCUCCUCUGCCUCCUUCUUAGAAGGACGCUCAUGCUUACAUGUAGGGCCAACCAGGGUGAUUCAGGAUAAUCUCUCCAUCUCAAGAUCCUUAACACAAUCAAAUCUACAAACUCCCUUUUGCAAACACUCACAGGUUCCAGGAAUUAGGACCUGAGUAUCUUCAGGGCCAUUACCCAGCCUACCACAUGACACAUCCGAGAUGGGUUGGGAAGCAAAAGGGCAACCAUGAUCCAGCUGCACCCCACAGAUCUCCCAUGGGGUCUCAGAUAGGGGUAUCCUCUAGGUCAUGGUGGGACCUCUGUGGCAACCCCAGGAGAGCCCAUGACACAUCUCUCUUCAGCCAUGAGGCAGCACAUGAUACACAGUGCUACUGAGCAGCAAAGACAUGUUAUAUAAUCAGUUAAUCCAUGUAUUAACAAACAUGUGUUCAACACUUACUGUGUUCCGUGGGGGGCGAUUCAGACCUAGGGCCCUCCUGGGUUUUCCAACUAGGAGAUUCAUUCAACGAAUACUUAUUGAGUUCCUGCUAGGUGUCAGGCACUGUUCUGGGUACUUGGAAUAUAUCAGUAGACAAAACCCCCAAAGCUCCCCGCCCUCAAGGUACUGACAUUCUACCAGUGGAGAUGGACAAUUAGGAAUCAUCAUAAGUCAAUCACAUAGUAUGUUAGGAGGUGAUGGGGCUGUGGAACAAAAGACAAAGUGGGGCCAUGUAAGAGGGGUCAGGUGUGCCCAGGUGGGGACAGGGAGGAGAGGGUAGUAAGAAGAUUAGUCAGGAUAGACCUCAUUGAACAGGUGAGGUUUAGGCAAAGACCUGAGGGGGAAUUAGCCAAGUGGACAUCUGGGAAGAGAGAGCUCCUGGGAGAGCAAAGAGCUAGAGUGAAGGUUCUAAGGUGGAGUGGACAAAGUGGUAGGAAGGUCACAGCAGGUGAACACAGGGAACAGGAGCUCGGUGGGCUACCUCUGUGGAGCCAGCCAGGCCAAACCUAAAGAGAAGAGAAGACGGCGUAAAACAAGGUCUCUAAACCCGCUGGUAUGGAACUCGGGAAAAUCCUCUGAACUGGGAGCUAGCUCUGGGGUUGGGAGUUGCAUGGCCUUGCUGAAGUCACUUAGCCUCCCUGAGAUUCACUUCCCUCACUUACAGACUGAGAAGCUUGUGUGGAUUCUCUCACUCCUCCAUUCAUUCAGCGGACUCCAUCGCACAGAGGAGGAGGCCCCAGGCAGAUGGGAGACACUGCAGAUCCUAAGAUGCUGGGCUUGAAGAUGGAUUUAGGAAUCCACAAAUGCCCUUCCUGAGUUUGAGCUCCUUCAAGACCUCAGCCUGGAGGCCUGGGGACAGCCUGGUUCUUCUUGCCUUGUCCUGCUGUCAAGCCUGGAUGUACUCGUUCUGGAGUGGAGGUGCCUAGUUUCUCCUAUUGUACCGCGUGUCCUCAUCUCCAUUCCUCCAAAAGGAAUUCCUGAGAUGAUUUUCCGUGUUUUAUCUGGAUUGUGCAGUGAGGAAGCACAUGACUUCAGAGAAGGGUAGCCCAAUCUCCUUGAGCUGGACCAAGCAUUCCGGCACCAAACUCUGGCUAAUAGCCAUCCAAAGGGACUCCAAUCAGAACUUGGCGACUGUCCAGCGCUGGUGGCCCCUCAGCAGUGGGAGGCUGCAGCCUCAGAGGUGUGGAAGGCGGCCCUGAGGAGGCAGGCCGACUGGGACAUGAAGCUGGCAGAGUGUGGGCAGCCUGCUUCUCAGCACGUCUUACCCUGAGGCCACUCCAGGGCAGCUCACACCGGGGAAAGUCACCAUGCUGUCGUGGGUGCCACGGGUCCUGCCGGCCUUGCUUCUGCCCACACUCCUGGCACAUGGACAAGCCAGGCGCAGGGAGCACCCCCAGGCUCAGAACACCUCUAGGCCCGCUCUGCUGAGGCUGUCAGAUUACCUCCUGGCCAACUACCAGAAGGGCGUGCGGCCCGUGCGGGACUGGAGGAAGCCAACCACCGUGUCCAUCGAUGUCAUUGUCUAUGCCAUCCUCAGCGUGGAUGAGAAGAACCAGGUCCUGACCACCUACAUCUGGUACCGGCAGUACUGGACAGAUGAGUUUCUCCAGUGGAACCCUGAGGACUUCGACAACAUCACCAAGCUGUCCAUCCCCACCGAGAGCAUCUGGGUCCCAGACAUUCUCAUCAACGAGUUUGUGGACGUGGGGAAGUCUCCAAGUAUCCCGUACGUGUAUGUCGGGCACCAUGGCGAGGUCCAGAACUACAAGCCCCUCCAGGUGGUCACCGCCUGUAGCCUGGACAUUUACAACUUCCCCUUCGACGUGCAGAACUGCUCGCUGACGUUCACCAGCUGGCUGCACACCAUCCAGGACAUCAACAUCUCCCUGUGGCGCUUGCCAGAAAAGGUGAAGCUCGACAAGACUAUCUUCAUGAACCAGGGCGAGUGGGAGCUCCUGGGGGUGCUGACCCAGUUUCGCGAGUUCAGCAUGGAAAGCAGCGGCUGUUACGCAGAGAUGAAGUUCUUCGUGGUCAUCCGCCGGAGGCCCCUGUUCUACACAGUCAGUCUGCUGCUGCCCAGCAUCUUCCUCAUGUUCAUGGACAUCGUGGGCUUCUACCUGCCUCCGGACAGUGGCGAGAGGGUCUCCUUUAAGAUCACACUCCUCCUGGGCUAUUCUGUCUUCCUGAUCAUCGUGUCGGACACGCUGCCGGCCACAGCCAUUGGCACUCCGCUCAUUGGUGUCUACUUCGUCGUGUGCAUGGCGCUGCUGGUGGUGAGCUUGGCUGAGACCAUCCUCAUCGUGCGGCUGGUACACAAGCAAGACCUGCAGCAGCCCGUACCCGCCUGGCUGCGGCACCUGGUCCUGGAGCGGGUGGCCCUGCUCCUUUGCCUAGGGGAGCAAACAGCUUCCCGACGGCCCCCAGCCACCCCCCAAGCCGCCAAGACCGAUGACUGCUCAGACGUGGGGAACCACUGCAGCCAUUUGAGAGGACCCCAGGACUUGGAGAAGACCCCAAGGGGCCGAGGCAGCCCCCCACCACCACCGCGGGAGGCCUCCCUGGCAGUGUGCGGGCUGCUGCAGGAGCUGUCCUCCAUCAGGCAUUUCCUGGAGAAGAGGGACGAGAGCCGAGAGGUGGCCCGGGAAUGGCUGCAUGUGGGCUCCGUGCUGGACGGGCUGCUCUUCCGCAUCUACCUGGUGGCGGUGCUGGCCUACAGCAUCACCCUGGUGACUCUGUGGUCCAUCUGGCAGUAUUCUUGAGUAGGCACAGCCCAGUGGGGGUGUUUUGAGGGAGGGGUGGUAAGGCACUGCUUAGAAUGGGGAUUGAGGAUUUCAGGGCCCAGCAGAUGCCAGGGGUGUUUUCAAGACCCUGUCCAAUGCCAGUAAUUCUGAAGCAGGGCCUUAACUCUUCCCAAAAAGCUUGAUGUUCAAGACUCUUGUACCCCACCCCCCACCCAACUUAUCAUGGCUUUAAAACAUGCUGUCUUUGAUCUAGAAAAACCCAUGCAUUCCCUAACUUCAUUCUAUUUAUCUGUGUAUCAAGCCUUGAUUUACCCAUUGUCACUUCCCUGAAUAAGGCACUUUGAAAUUCCGCUCCUCCCCCUUUAGCCUUGCUUUUAGAUACAAAGCAAACCAACUCUCUACUGCACAUGGCUGGUAGCACUGCAUUAGGUUUAUUCAACCAUAAUGUUCUCCUUCUUCACCUCACCUGUAGCCACCUCCCUGAACACUCCUGUUCCAUUGGAUGAUGGUGGGGUAGGGGGCGGGUGGGGGUAAUAAAAUACAAU